AUGCGGCUGCCAGCAUGGCUUCCGCUACUCCUUCUGACCGGGUUUGCCCAAGCGAGACCGCGCGACUAUGAACAGAAGGACUAUCUUGCCCUCCAUCUCCACCCUUCCGCAGUUCCUCAAGAGGUUGCCCUUCGACUAGGGAUCCAAUUUGAAGGUCCAAUCGGGGAAUUAGCCCAUCAUUAUAUUUUUUCAUGUCCAAAGGACUCAUGUCAGGAAUUGGAGCAUUCGUUGGAAGAGUCCCAGAAGCGGAAGAAGCGAAGGCGACGUUCUGUGGAAAGUAGGGAUGCGUUGACUUCGGAAGAACAAAUAUACCACGAUUUAACUGGUGUGCUUUGGUCAGAGAAGCAAGAGUUGCGACACCGUCAUGUCAAGCGAAUACCUCCGCCUCCUCCUCUUGCCCUUCGUGCACCUCAGGACGCUGCCGACUCAAAUUCAGGAGAAUCGGCUGACCAAGCGCAGCAAGAAGCUAUUCAGCGCUUGAACACCAUCGCAGAGACACUGGAUAUCAAAGACCCUAUCUUCAAGGAGCAGUGGCAUUUGUUCAACCCUUUACAGCUAGGUCACGACUUGAACGUCACUGGUGUCUGGCUGGAGGGCAUCACUGGUAACGGUACCAUUUCCGCCGUCAUCGAUGACGGCCUGGACUUGUACAGCAAUGACCUCAAGGACAACUAUUAUGCCGAGGGUUCAUGGGACUUCAAUGAUAACUCUCCUGAACCGAAGCCUCGACUUUUCGACGACAAACAUGGUACCCGCUGUGCGGGAGAGAUUGCCGCUGUGAGAAAUAACGUCUGUGGGGUGGGCAUGGCCUAUGACAGCAAAGUCGCUGGCAUUCGGAUAUUAUCCAAACCCAUCACUGACGAGGACGAGGCGAUAGCCAUAAACUACCACUACCAGGACAAUCAGAUCUACUCCUGUUCGUGGGGCCCGCCGGACGAUGGCGCAACCAUGGAAGCCCCGGGCCUUCUCAUUCAACGAGCUAUGGUUAACGGUGUCCAGAAUGGCCGAAACGGCCUCGGGUCUGUUUUCGUCUUCGCGGCCGGCAACGGGGCGGCGAGUCAGGACAACUGCAACUUUGAUGGUUAUACAAACAGUAUUUACAGCAUUACGGUCGGAGGCAUUGACCGCGCUGGCAACCAUCCCUACUACUCCGAAGCUUGCUCAGCACAGCUAGUUGUGACUUAUAGCUCCGGCCAUCAGGAUGCAAUCCACACCACGGAUGUCGGGGCCGAUAAAUGCUACAAUGGUCAUGGCGGGACAUCGGCCGCAGGGCCGCUUGUCGUUGGUACUGUAGCUCUUGCACUCAGCAUUCGGCCAGACCUUUCCUGGCGAGAUCUGCAAUACCUCUGUGUUGAGAGCGCCAUCCCUAUACACGAAGACGACGGGAGUUGGCAGAACACGACGAUCGGAAAGAGAUUCAGCCACGUCUACGGAUAUGGCAAGGUCGACUCGUAUAGAUUCGUCGAAGCUGCUAAGACAUGGGAGACCGUGAAGCCACAAGCUUGGUUUCACUCGCCCUGGCUCAGCGUUCAGCACCAGAUCCCAGAGGGUGACCAAGGACUGGCUGCGAGUUUCGAAGUCACAGAGGAGAUGCUGAAAAAGGCCAACCUUGAAACACUCGAACACGUCACCGUGACUAUGAAUGUCGAGCACACCAGGAGAGGCGAUCUGAGUGCAGAUCUGAUCAGUCCCAGUGGUUUGAUCAGCCAACUCGCAACCCCCCGUGGUCCAGAUAAAGCUGCAGAAGGGUACGAUGACUGGACGUUCAUGUCGGUUGUUCAUUGGGGCGAAUCUGGGAUUGGGAACUGGACUGUAAUCGUCAAAGAUACUCUGCAGAAUGAAUUCAAUGGCACCUUCAUCGACUGGCGUCUCAAUUUAUGGGGCGAGUGUAUCGAUCCCCAAAUUCAAUCCCUCCACCCGCUUCCUGAUGAGCAUGACGACGACCAUGAAACAGCCACCGCGAUUGUUAGCACAACCAGUGUGGAAGCUGGUACUCCAGCUACUGACCUUCCAACAACGCCCACCGAUCACAUCGAUCGGCCUACUAAGCCCAAGCCUUCUGAUACAACAGAUUCUGUGGUCAUUGUCACGGCGACCAACACAGUCUCUGUACCUAUUGCAACCGCAACAGUGACAGGGGAACCAACCGAGGCACAUUCAGACGGCUUUCUUCCCUCUUUUUUCCCUACAUUUGGCGUGUCGAAGCGGACACAAAUUUGGAUUUACGGCUCAAUCGUGUUGAUCGUUCUCUUUUGUGUGGGUCUAGGGGUAUAUUUCCUGAUUCAGCGGAGGAAAAGACUCCGAAACAAUCCUCGCGACGCAUACGAAUUCGAGAUGGUCGGCGAUGCAGAUGAGGAUGAGCAACAGGGCCUGACCUCACGUGGAGGACGAGGCAAGGGACGAGCCCGACGAGGCGGAGAACUGUACGAUGCAUUUGCUGGCGAGAGCGACGACGAUUUGUACAGUGAUGAAGAAACAUAUCAAGACACCCCAAGUAACGACACAGGAACGGGAUCGAGGUCUGGGAGCUCUGAAGGCAAGGAAAGGGAGAAAUAA